CAAUUUAUAUCAAAUAAUUUUGAAAGUAUGAUGACAUUCCAAAUAUCACAAUGAUAAGUUUGCAUUGGGUUGUCGCAGAGGGCUUGCAGUUCCUUUCGGCCAUAUUUCUUGUUUCCGUCAAAAUGGCUCCGAAGCCGAAGCCCACGGAUAAAGCGGCUAAACCAGAAAAGAAAGUUGAGAAGAAACCUGCUCCUGCUGCAUCAGCAUCCAGUACUUCUACUGCGUCAACAUCUAAGAAGGAGAAGCCUGCAGCAGCUAAGCCUGCAUCUGCAGGGCCUGCAAAGCCUGCAACUGCAGGAGCGAGCAAACCCGCCCCUAAGGCUCCUGCUGCUAGUGGAUCUAAAACUUCUGUUGGGAAGGGAGCUGCUGCAGCACCAAAGGCAGCAGCAGCUGGUGCAGCUAAACCUGCAUCUGCCAAGGGAGCUGCUCCUAAACAAGGAGCCCAACAGAAACCUGGCUCCGCUAAAGCACCCGCAGGGAAGCCUGCUGCUGGUGCUGCUAAGGGAGCAGCAAAACCAGGAGCAAAGGCCUCAGCCAAACCUGGCGCCAAGCCUGGGGCUAAGGUCGCUGCUAAACCUGGUGCUAAGCCCAUUAAGCCUGGAGCCAAACCGGCAGUAAAGGCUGGAGCUAAGGCUGGUGUCAAGCCUGGAGCUAAACCUGGUGGUAAACCAGUAGUCAAAACUGUUCAGAAGGGUGCAAAGAAAAUUGAAAAGCCUCUUCGUGGUGUUGCACCAAAAAGCCAGAAAGGUGCCAAAAUUGUUCGCCCUGAGCAACAAGCUCGCAAAAUUCAACAGAAGAUAAUUAAAGGUAUUCAUGGCACCCGUACAAGGAAAGUUAGAACUUCGGUUCAUUUUCGGCGACCAAAAACUUUCUGCCCUCCUAGGAAUCCAAAGUAUCCUAGGAAAUCAGUUCCCAAAAGAAAUAGAAUGGAUGCUCACAAUAUCAUUAAGUAUCCUUUGACUACUGAAGCGGCUAUGAAAAAAAUAGAAGACACAAACACCCUUGUUUUUAUUGUUCAUACACAAGCAAAUAAGCAUCAUAUCCGAGCAGCUGUGAAGAAGCUGUAUGUUGAUAUUGAAGUGGCGAAAGUGAACACUUUGAUUAGGCCGGAUGGAAAGAAGAAAGCUUACGUUCGCCUGGCCAGAGAUUAUGAUGCAUUAGAUAUUGCCAACAAGAUUGGAAUUAUAUAAAAAGUAAUUCUUUCUUAUGUAUAUUGUUUCAUAUAAAAUAACAUGUUGGUCUGAGGAUAAGGAUACUUUUGUUUCAUUGGACCUUGUUACUUUGCUUAUUAUCCUUUACUCCCGAUUCCUUUAUUACAUUAAACUAGAUUUGUUGUACAGACUAUUAUAAUAAAAAUGAU